AUGCUGUUAUUCAAUUGGCUCUUCAAGUCAUCCAAAGAGACUUCUGCUCCUAAAGCCCAUAAGCCGAUCUGGGAUCCGCAAACCCUGACCAUGCAGCAACCAGCUUCUCCCCAAGUCCCUACUGACCGCGCUGGGAUGGAACAAUCGAACGUACACGAAAAUACGGAAGUUAGUUUACGAGGCGGCGGUGGCGGUAGUGUCUGCUGUGGAGUGUAUGAUCUCCCCUGA